AUGGUUAACUUUCAGUGGCCGGAGGCAGAGGAGCGUCGCGCGCCCGUGGACUGGGGCAGCGGCGGCGGCGGCGGCGGCAGAGACACGCCCGGCUCCAGCGGCAGCGGCAGUGGGGCGGCCAGCCUCGCGGGCGGCGGGGGCGGCACGUACCGCGUGCUGGGGCGGCGCCUCAGCUGGCAGCAGCAGCAGCGCAGGCACCGCUCCGUGGGCGACCUCAGCGGACCCUCCAGGUCGCUGCCGCUGCCGCUGGACGCGGACUUCCGCAGCAUCCCGGACCUGAGCGCGGGCGCCGGCUGGGGCAGCGAGGCACUCCUCUGCCCGCAGCCGCCCACGCCGCCCACGCCGCCCCCGGCCCAGCUGCGUCGGGCCAGGGCCAAGCGCCUGCACCGACAGUUCGGCCUCUACCAGGUCACCCCGGCCGACAACAACUUCGACUACCUGCGCAGGUUCCACAGCAGUGGGGAGGUGGCGUCUGCCGGCGGCGUAGACGAAGCUCACCUGCCGCCCGCCGACGACUGCUCCGCCACGUCCGCCUCCACGUCCGCCUCCACCUGCAGCGGCAGAAGCGACCUCUUGGACCCUGAGGAGGAGGGGGAGGGGCAGCACAGCGCCUGGAGCGCCUCCAAGGCCGCCGCCAGGGGGCAGGACUGCGGCAGCAGCAGAGCCCUCAGCAGAGCCGGGAGCAGCGACACAAACGGUGGAGCCGCGGGGCACUACGCGGUACACUCCUCAGACGGCGAGCAGCAGGACGCCAGCGGCAGCUACGUCACCGUCUGCCAGAACCUGCAGGCGGACAGUGAGUCUGAAGCAGAGCCAGAACCAGCAGAGGCAGCAGAAGGGGAUGAGAGAGCCGGUGGCACCGGCGGAGGCUGCUGCACUCUGACCAGGAGCAGGGCGAGAACCAGGAGCUCUGCCGGCAGAAGCAGAAGUAGCAGCAACAGCAGCAGCAGAAGCAGGGGGCAGCGAGGGACAGCCGACCGCUGCGGCGGCGGAUCUCAGCAGCAGCCGCAACAACAACAACAACAACAACAACAACAACAACAACAUCAAGACCCAGAAGACAUGUCGCGCCGGCCACAGGUGCUGCGGGUGACGGACUCUGCCAACUCGGUGCUGACGCCGCGCAGGUCCCCGGGCACGCCGGCCGUCAUCGCGACGCUCACCACAUGCCCCGCGGCGGCGCCGCCGCCUCUCGACGCCAAGGCGAUGCGCGUCCAACACGAGGCCGAGCUCUCUGACGCCUCCUUCAGGGCGCUGAGCUGCAAGGACGCCGACUCUGCUGCGCACGCGCAGCCGCAGUGGCACUCGCUGGAGCGCGGCGCGCGCUUCGGACUGCACAGGUCGGUGCCGGGCCGGCUGGACGCGCACAGCCAGGGCGACCGCGACCAGGGGGGAACAGACACGGCGGACGGCAGCCAGCAGGAGCCUCUGGACGCGGCGCUGGACGGGCUGGCGCGCUACCUGCAGUCCAACAGGCAGGGACUGCGCGACCUGCUGCUGACCAGCGGGCUCGUCGUCGUGCAGCCGCUGCAGGCGCGCGCGCGCACCUGCCGCAUCGCCGGCGCCACCGUCAAAGCGGGCUGCGCGCAAGGGCCGCCUCCGCCGGGGGCGGCUGCGGCUGCGGGAGGCGGCGCCGGGGGCGGCGCCGCCGUGGAGCGCGCCAAGAGCUACACCAUCCCGCGCGCGCUGCGCUUCUUCCACCCGAAGCGGCACAACAGGGAGCUUCUGGACGAGGAGCUGCCAGACCCGGACACGGUGCGCCGUGCGCGGCAGGUGUUCGAGGCGACGCUAGCCGCCGGGGGCGGCCUCGGGGGCGGAGGCGCCGCCCCCACGCCCCCUGCCUCCGGGCGGCGAGCUCUGUCCGCCCCCGGCCGCCGCUGGACGGACUGCGGCAGCGUCUCGUCCGGAGUGUCCAGCGACCUCAGCAGUUCAUACGAGGCGCGCAGCUCCAGGGGGUCCGACUCGGACCGCGGCAGCGGCGACGACGAUGACGACGACGACGAAGACGAGGAGGACGCGGGCCGCGGCGGCAGCCCCGCUGGAGAGGCGCGCGUGUCUGGAGAGGUGCUGGAGCGCAUCCGCGCGCGCGGCCUCAGCGUCACCUACUACGGGGGGCGGGUGGUGGCGCACACCCCCGCACCGCCCCCGGUCGCCGCCGUGCUCAGCGAGAUCGGCGGCGGCGGCGGCGGCGGCGGCGGCUUCCGCCUCGUCAAGAGCCACAGCUGCGGCUCCAGGCUGCAGCUGGCCGCCGACGUGGCUAGCGGUCCGAAUGAAGACGGGCCCGUCUUCACCUCCACCCUGGGAGACGUCUCGCUGCGGCCGCCGCCGCCCCAGGAGGAGCAGAAAGACAGGAAGAGCGGCAAGGAGGCGGCCGACAGCCGGCUGGCCGCCUACUGCGGCGGGGGCGUGGCCGCCCAGCCCCGGCGCUACCCCGACAUGGAGUUCGAGGAGUUCCAGGUGCUGGAGGACGGCGCUGGAGUCCAGGGCCAGAGGGGCGCCGUCUGCGGGGCCGCCUGACGCCGAGCGCGCGCCCUGGGGUAGCUGGCGUGCGCUCCACACGUGUUCCCGGCUACCUGUCACUUGUACCUGCAGGCACGUGGGUUCCCAACAAGCUACCGUGGUGUCCCCUUUGCUUGGUAGGCUCGCUAACUACUUCACAAAAUCAGCUGACCACAUCACAGCGGUAGAUCAUUAACAACGCCUGGUUAUACAUAUUACAUUCCAGUUGUUCUUGUGGUUUUCAGUCCUGUGAAUGGUUUGAUGCAGCUCUCCAUGCUGCUCUAUCCUGUGCAAGCCUCUUCAUCUCCCAGUACCUACUGCAGCCUACAUCCUUCUGAAUCUGCUUAGUGGAUUCAUCUCUUAGUCUCCCUCUGCGAUUUUUACCCUCCACGCUACCCUCCAGUACUAAAUUGGUGAUCCCUUGAUGCCAUGUCCUACCAACCGAUCCCUUCUUCUAGUCAAGUUGUACCACAAACUCCUCUUCUCCCCAAUCCUAUACAAUACCUCCUCAUUAGUUACGUGAUCUACCUAUCUAAUCUUCAGCAUUCUUCUGUAGCACCACAUUUCGAAAACUUCGAUUCUCAUCUUGUCCAAACUAAUUAUCGUCCAUCUUUCACUUCCAUACAUGGCUACACUCCAUUCAAAUACUUUCAGAAACGAAUUCCUGACAAAUCUAUAGUCUAUGUUAACAAAUUUCUCUUCUUCAGAAACGCUUUCCUUGCCAUUACCAGUCACAUUUUAUAUCCUCUCUACUUCGACCAUCAUCAGUUACUUUUCUCCCCGAAUAGCAAAACUCCUUUACUACUUUAAGCGUCUCAUUUCCUAAUCUGUUUCCCUCAGCAUCACCCGACUUAAUUCGACUACAUUCCAUUAUCCUCGUUUUGCUUUUGUUGAUGUUCAUCUUAUAUCCUCCUUUCAAGACACUGUCCAUUCAGUUCAACUGCUCUUACAAGUCCUUUGCUGUCUCUGACAGAAUUGCAAUGUCAUCGGCGAACCUCAAUGUUUUUAUUUCUUCUCCGUGGAUUUUAAUACCUACUCCGAAUUUUUCUUUUGUUUCCUUUAGUGCUUGCUCAAUAUACAGAUUGAAUAGCAUCGGGGAGAGGCUACAACCCUGUCUCACUCCCUUCCCAACCAUUGCUUCCCUUUCAUGUCCCUCGACUCUUAUAACUGUCAUCUUGUUUCUGUACAAAUUGUAUAUAGCCUUUCGGUCCCCGUAUUUCCAGUUAGUGAUCGCAAAACUUCUUUGCAUUACGUAAUUAAUUUCAGUCCGUAAUGAGCUUUUUAAGGUCUUGACUGUCACUGUUCAUCUCUCUAUGACCACAAUGUUAUUCUAGAACAAUACAUUAAAGUUUACACAGGACUUCCUUAAUAAAGGAAUACCACGUAACUGAUUCUCUCCACGAACUGAAAAUGUCAAUUUGAUAGUUCUCCAUACGGCAGCAGAAUGAAAAAAAUUUAAAUGUCGGUUUGUUUCUUUCCUUCGCUAUCGACACUGGCAACAGUGGGAUUUUGCUCCAGGGCCUAAGUUCUUCUCGGCCUGCUACUUGCUCUCGCGAUGCCAAUGCGAUCGUCGUCACACAACGAAGACGUGUGUCGUCCCUCGAGAUGAUCCAAAACACUUAACAAAUCCUCACGACAGUUACCCUCUACUAAAUACUAAGUCAUCAUGUCGUCGUUAUAUUUGGCGAGCACCAUUCACCAGAAACGUAGGCGUAGGAUCGUGCUUUACUUUUCUGGAGUGAUACGUUAACAGCACCCUGUGCAGGUACAGCUGACAGGUGAACAGGGACCUGUGUGGCGUGGCGUGCUGCCCUUUUGGACAGCAGGAGACUGAUGGCUCUAGCGCCGAGGGCUACCGUCAACACGGAAGUAGGCGCGCUCUCGGCACUUCCCUAUUACAGGGCUCAGCAAACUGAGCUCCACGUCGGCGGCUUUCAGACGCGCGCUUCAAGUUUGUACAUACAAAUCUAAUGUUCGCAUUUAAAGUUAAAUCUCUAUCUGGUAAGCAGUGUUCACCAAAGUCCUAUCGUAGCAGCAUCGUCUCUGGAGUGCAACCUUUUGCUCUGGAUUCCUUCUUUUCAUUAUUUUCGACUCACACUCUGCACCGCACACUGUAGUAAAAACAAUGCAGUCGCCCGAGCACAUAAAUAUUUCAGGGGUUGUGUAGCUGUCUCUGCGUGACUGGGCAGACAACGGGGCAGAGUCGAGAACUGUGUGAAACCAAAGAUUGCUCUUUCCAAAGACAGCACAAGUCCCCCGUGUUGUCGAUAACAUCACCAGUUGCCGGUGCGAGACAGAUCCGUAAAAAAUGACGAGUGACAGCUUCGUAUUUCCGCAUGCACUACGUGGCAGACCGCACGCAAAAAAUCUGGUUCGAAAAGCAUGCAACACGUUUCAUCUCUGCACAGUGGUCAAAUACGCCGUAUUACUAAAUGGAAAAAGAGCUAUACUAGUUGUGGAGAUUAGGCUCGGAUCAAGUCAGCUACUGCUACUGCAUGUCCUU